UUCCCUCCUUCGGAGGGGAUUCCUCUUCUCCCCCUUUUCUCCCCUGCUUCUCACGCUCCUUAAUGCGGCGCUGUCCUUGGUGCUGAAGCCUCCGCAGCGUGUGUGUGUGUCUCUCUCUCUCUUGGCUUUCCUCGCGUGUCUCCUGGCACCGGGCCACCUCCCUCCCUCCUUCCCUCCCUUUGCCAUCUCCCUCCUUCCCUCCUUCCCCCGCAUUCCUCGCCUUCCUCCGGAGCCCAAAGGCAGCAGCAGCAGCACCAGCAGCAGCACCAUGGCCAGCAGCAGCAGCAGCACCAGCAGCGGGAGGAAUGUUUUCCCCACGCGGCUCCUGGCCUUCUCGUCCUCGUCCGCCCGGCGCUCGGCGGGGCUCCUGGCCUUGGCCGGGGCGGCGGGGUCUCUGGCCGCCGCAGGGUUCCUCUUGGCCCGCAAGAAGGACGCCGCCUCCGCCCAGGCCAACAGGAGGCUCUAUCCGCCCAGCGCUGAAUACCCGGACCUGCGCAAACAUAACAACUGCAUGGCCAGCAACCUGACACCCGCCAUCUAUGCCCAGCUGUGCGACAAGACCACGCCCAGCGGGUGGACCCUGGACCAGUGCAUCCAGACCGGGGUGGACAACCCAGGACACCCCUUCAUCAAGACCGUGGGCAUGGUGGCCGGGGACGAGGAGUCCUACGAGGUGUUUGCAAGCAUCUUCGACCCUGUGAUCGAGGAGCGGCACAAUGGCUACAACCCCCGGACCAUGAAGCACCCCACUGACCUGGACGCCAGCAAGAUUAAGGCCGGUCACUUUGAUGAGCGCUACGUGCUGUCUUCCCGCGUGCGCACGGGGCGCAGCAUCCGCGGCCUGAGCCUGCCCCCUGCCUGCUCCCGGGCCGAGCGCCGAGAGGUGGAGAAGGUCACGGCCGAAGCGCUGGCCGGGCUGACCGGGGACCUGGCUGGGAAGUAUUACCGCCUCAGCGAGAUGACCGAGAAGGAGCAGCAGCAGCUCAUCGACGACCACUUCCUCUUUGACAAGCCCGUCUCCCCGCUGCUGACGGCCGCAGGGAUGGCCCGGGACUGGCCCGACGCCCGCGGCAUCUGGCACAACCACGAGAAGACCUUCCUGGUCUGGAUCAACGAGGAGGACCACACGCGUGUCAUUUCCAUGGAGAAGGGCGGCAACAUGAAGAGGGUCUUUGAGCGCUUCUGCCGUGGACUGAAGGAGGUGGAGCGCCUGAUCCAGGAGCGGGGCUGGGAGUUCAUGUGGAACGAGCGCCUGGGCUACAUCCUGACGUGUCCCUCCAACCUGGGCACGGGCUUGCGUGCCGGCGUCCACAUCAAGCUGCCACUCCUCAGCAAAGACAGCCGCUUCCCCAAGAUCCUGGAGAACCUCCGGCUGCAGAAGCGUGGCACGGGCGGCGUGGACACGGCAGCCACCGGCAGCACUUUCGACAUCUCCAACCUGGACCGCCUGGGCAGAUCCGAGGUGGAGCUGACACAGCUGGUGAUUGAUGGAGUGAACUACCUGAUUGACUGCGAGCGCCGCCUGGAGCGCGGGCAAGACAUCCGAAUCCCGUCCCCGGUGCCCCAGUUCCGGAACUGAGCCGACCCCCGGGAGCCUGGGCCUGGAAGCAGCCUUGAGGCCCUAAUUUCUUUAAGCGCAGCUCUCCAUAAAGCCUCAACGUUGCAACUGC